CCUUUGAUGUGAUUUAGAUGCUAACGUGCUAACGUAGCAUCGGCGCUGGCCUGGAACACCGCUGGCUGCUCCGCAACGGACCACACUCAGCCGAGGUGUUCACUGCUAAAGCAAAAAAAAAACAACACUAAAAAACCCGGUGGUGUACACAUCCAAAGGGAAGUGCCAUUAGCCUGAGACGGCGUGUUGUUAAGCACCGAACUUUACUAUGGGCAAAAAGUCUCGCGAAGAGGAGUCCUCCUCCUCUGAUGAGGAGGAAUAUGUUGUUGAGAAGGUGCUGGACAGGAGGGUGGUUAAAGGCCGGGUUGAGUUCUUCCUUAAAUGGAAAGGCUACUCAGAGAAGCACAACACAUGGGAACCAGAGAAGAACCUGGACUGCCCUGAACUUAUUUCUGAAUUCAUGAAGACCUACAAGAAACCUGGCAGUGCAAAUGCUACAUCUAGCAGUGGGGGAAGCAAAUCAAGUUCCAGCUCAGUAGGACGCACCAAGGAGUCCAGCAGCGUAAAGAAGAGAGGUUCAGAUGAAGAUGAUGAUGAUGAUGAGGAAGGUGGAAGUAAGCCCAAAAAGAAAAAAGAGGAUGAAAUUCUAGUUGCACGUGGCUUUGAGAGAGGGCUUGAGCCAGAGAAGAUCAUUGGCGCAACUGACUCAUGUGGAGACUUGAUGUUCCUUAUGAAGUGGAAAGACUCAGAUGAGGCAGAUCUCGUACUUGCCAAGGAGGCCAAUCAUAAGUGCCCACAGAUUGUCAUAGCCUUCUAUGAGGAGCGUCUCACCUGGCAUGAAGAUAGUGACAAGAAGGAGAAGGAGGCUGUCACUGCGUGAGUGCAUCACCUCAGGAGGAAACCUCCACUGCAGGGACAACCUUGAGUCAGACUUUUUUUUUUGUUUUUGUUGUUUGUUGUUUUUUUUUUUUUUUCUUUUCUUUCUUACUUUUUAUCCCCACAUCCAAAACUCCCAUCCCUCACCUUUACCAUGUCCAACGAUGACACAAAGACGGCACACAUGGUUGUUGUUCUCCAUUCAUGCUUCAUUGGAGCACAAUGGCCCAAACUGCUGAGAGGGAUCCAUCAGCUAGAACUCAUAGUGGACAUGGGUGAUUUAUGCUACUGGGGAAAGUUUCUACUGUUUUGACUUUGUGUUGUUUAACCGUUUUAAUAUCUUAACAUACGUGUUUUAGUGCUUGCAGGAUACAAUUAUAUCAGAAGGGAAAUCGCAAACGCCAUCAUAUCUGGCCAUCUGUUGAAAUUCUUGGUCAUAAAAGUAAAAGUUGAUACCGUAUGUGUUAACGGUUAGGAGCUGGUGCACAAUUCCCAUCCUGUUGUAUUGAAUAGUGCACCCCUCUUUCUUUUUUUUUUUUUUUCUCUUCUUCAGAAACACACAAAGGAAUAUGAUCAUUGUAUUGAUAUACAGGAAGCCACCACCCCAGAACUUUCCCGACUGCAUAAUCGCUUCCUUUUUAAACACUUUUUAUCUUGUAGAUGUUUUCUCACUUUGUCGUGUCUUCUGGGAUAUAACUGUUUUAAAUCUGAAAAUGUAUAAAGGACAUAACAACUAUGUCUUUAUGUAGUGACAUCUUCAUUUUAAUGUUUCUCUUAAAAGUUUCAUUAUGAAUUUGAUUUUUAAUUUCUUUAUACUGUUGCCAGAUAAAGGAAAAAAGAAUAAACCACAUUUUGUUCAAUUUUGUAUUUUCUUUUUUAACUAAAGUGUUAUUGAUCUUUUAUAAGUUAGACAAUCUUCACAACAUCUGGAUGAAAUGAAACCGGCGUUCAUUAUGGCUAUUGGGAUGCUCCCCCUUGUGGUACCAACGAGAAUGAUCAUAGUCAAGGACAUUCAAUCACAACAGCCCCUCAUUUUUAUGGUUAUUCGUCUUGUUUUUUUUUUUUUUUGUUUUUUUUUUCAAACUUUAUAUAAAUAUAUAUAAAAGGCAACUUAAACAUGAAUCUACCUUGCAUGUUGGAAUUGAUUGUUCUUGGUAUAAAUGUUUGGCUUCUUCUUGGAUGAGUUGGCAUAUAGAUUUUACCUUGAGUAUUUUCUUUUUUUUUUUUUUUCUUUGCUCAAAAAAUUCAGAACUUUCCCAUGAACUAAGUAGUGGCAGUUUUUGAACUUAAAAUGGACAACGGUUUUUGUAGUUUUGAUCUCUUGUGCUCCAGCAUGGAAUCUUCGGACCAAAUGUCAACAAAAUGACUUUCCUCAUUUUUUUUAGGGGGGGUGGUGCAAGUCUGAGGAUUGGUAAAUAAAGCUGUGAUCUUCUCCCCUCUGAUACAUACAGCCCAUACAUCAUGUUCUUUCAUAUUACUUAGUUAUCAUUUUUGUCUUUUUUUAAAUAAUUAAAAAUGCUUUUUAAAAAGUAGUAUUUCUUGUGAAAAAAUGUAUCGAGUAUGUGUACAGUAGCACCCUUUAAUAAACAUUUUCAG